UUAAUAGCCACAAUAAUGGGAGGACGUGUUUCGCGCACAGACUAUGAAUGGGUCUAUACAGACCAACCGCACGCCACUCGGCGUCAAUUAAUUUUGGCUAAAUAUCCGCAAAUUAAAGACUUGAUGCGAGUCGACCCUAACUUCAAAUGGGAAGUCCUGGCACUGGUGGCCAUACAGAUCGUAUCGUUUUAUUUGUUGCGCAAUAUCACCUCAUUUUGGCUACUGUUUCUCGUUGGCUACUGUUUCAAUGGCGUUAUCAAUCAUUCGUUAACAUUAGCCAUACACGAGAUCAGCCACAACCAGGUAUUCGGCAAUCGUUACCCGAUGGCCAACAAAUGGUUCGGUAUUGUGGCCAACCUUCCAAUCGGUAUUCCAUGUUCCGUAUCAUUUAAAUAUUAUCAUAACUAUCAUCACCAAUAUCUGGGUGUCGACAAACUAGAUCCGGACACUCCGUCCGAAUUUGAGGCCCGAAUAUUCUCGACCUCAGUCACCAAAGUCUUAUGGCUUAUAUUUCAGCCACUAUUCUAUGGUUUUCGUCCUUUUUUUGUUAACCCGAAAGUUCCGUCGCCAAUGGAUAUCUGUAAUAUUGUCGUCCAAUUGGCGUUUAACUGCAUAAUUGGCCAGACAUUAGGCUGGCAUAUAGUGGCCUAUAUGGUGGGCAGUAGUUGUUUAGCAAUGGGUUUACAUCCGAUGUCCGCACAUUUCCUGAGCGAACAUUACAUUAUGUUUGAUGAUAACAAUAAAAAGUAUAGCAAAAAUACCAUUGAAAACGGUAUUUAUGUUAAUAACGGUCGGUUUCUUGUACCGGACACCUGUUCCUAUUAUGGCUUCUGGAAUAUCAUUGGAUUCAAUGUUGGCUAUCAUGUGGAACACCAUGACUUUCCAUCAAUACCGGCCACACUAUUACCUAAAGUCAGUCAAAUAGCACCCGAAUUUUAUGACUCCCUCAACCAUCAUACUUCGUAUUUAAAAAUUAUUUGGCAAUUUAUAGUUGAUCCGAAAAUGGGACCGUAUGCUCGGGUCAAACGUGAGCUUAGGGAUAAACAUUAUAAGCCAUUGUAACAAAAAUUAUUUAUAAUAAAUACUAAAGAAACAAAUAAUUGUUGGUUUUUAACUAUUUGUUUUAUAUGGUAUAAUAUUAUGAUAUAUACCUGUACAAAAUAAAUAAGUA